GUUUCUCUCACAACACUUCAUUCGAGAGAGAACGCACGCUCAUCACUCGCUCACUCCCUCCCUCCCUCUUCCCCCAAUGUCGGCGGUGCACUUUAGCGCCUUACCCUACUCCCGCGCUAACCUGCGCCUCCCACGGCGCCUCCUCCCUCCUCUUCCUCCUCCUCGGUGGCGGCGCAACCUCCGCCCUCGCUUCGCCGCCGCCUCCGGCGAUGGCGGCGGCGGCGGCGACUCCUACCUCGACAUGUGGAAGAAGGCCGUGGAGCGGAGGCGCCGAUCCGAGGAGUUCCGCCAAAUCGCCGAUCGCUCCCAAUUCCUCGGCGAGAACGGCAACGAGGACGACGACGAGGAGAUGGAGGGGGGAGAGAGCUUAGAUCGUCAGACGCAGCGAUUUAAUCGGAUCCUAGAGGUCCCUAGCAAGGAGCGGGAUCGGAUCCAACGGCUCCAGGUCAUCGAUCGCGCCGCCGCGGCCAUCGCAGCCGCACGAGCGCUCCUCGACGAGGUCCCUCCUAACGCUUCCUCGGAGGAGAUGGCGUCUGACGCCGUCGGAUCGGGAUUGGACCGUCUCGAUCGCAUUACGAAUGUUCCAGAUGGUUCUGCCAUUGGAGCAGCUCCAAGAAAUCCAGCGCUGCAGGAUAGCAAUUCGUCUGCUUCCAAGCAUGGAACUCCUGGACCAGAUUUUUGGUCGUGGUCACCGCCACCAGACAAUCUCACUAACUUGAAGCCAGCUCGGAAAUCAAAUGGACAGACAUAUCCAUCCAAUCUACUGAUGGAAAAGGAGAAGUCUCUCAACUCACUACCUAUUCCCUUUGAGAGCUCCUUAAUCGAAAACAAGGGUGACACUCCUCUUCCACCUCUUCAAACGCUCGUCGAGAUCGAUACGCUAUUUUCAAAACAUGCAGCAGAGGCCACCAAAGCCCUUGAUAAGAGUAAUGAGGCAUCGUCGCCGUCAUCGUCAUGUGGAGUGAACCUGGAUGGUUCAAGGUGGUGGAAGGAGACAGGUGUAGAGAAGAGGUCGGAUGGGGUAAUAUGUAAGUGGACAUUGACUCGAGGAGUUAGUGCCGAUGAAGCUGUUGAGUGGGAAGAUAAGUAUUGGGAGGCUGCUGAUCGGUUCGAUUACAAAGAACUGGGUUCUGAGAAAUCGGGACGUGAUGCCGCGGGGAAUGUUUGGCGGGAAUAUUGGAAGGAAUCAAUGUGGCAGGAUCUCGGGAGCGGGCUUGCGCACAUCGAGAAAACUGCGGACAAGUGGGGUAAGAAUGGAAAGGGGGAUGAGUGGCACGAGAAAUGGUGGGAGCAUUAUGAUGCCUCCGGAAAGGCCGAGAAGUGGGCACACAAAUGGUGCAGCAUAGACCCGACCACGCCAUUGGAUGCGGGCCAUGCUCAUGUCUGGCAUGAGAGGUGGGGUGAGAAGUACGACGGGAGAGGCAGCAGCAUGAAAUACACCGAUAAGUGGGCGGAGCGGUCGGAAGGCUGGGGCGGGCGAUCGAAAUGGGGCGACAAAUGGGACGAGCACUUCGAUUGCAACGCGCACGGGGUGAAGCAGGGGGAGACGUGGUGGGAGGGCACGCACGGGGAGCGGUGGAACCGCACGUGGGGCGAGCGGCACAACGGAUCAGGUUGGGUCCACAAGUACGGGCAGAGCAGCAGCGGCGAGCACUGGGACACGCACAUGGAGCAGGAGACAUGGUACAAGCGGUUCCCGCAUUACGGAUUCGACCGGUGCUUCGAGAACUCCGUGCAGCUUCGAGCUGUCCGCAGGACGCCCUUUGAUGAUACUGCGUAGAAAUCUAACACAACAAUUUUCGUUAUUACCAGAGCAAAUACAAAAUCAGGACCCAUCCGCAGUAAACAUUGAUGAGAAUCUUAAUACGUUGUUGUAUAAAGAAGCUCCGUCCACAGGGAACUGCGUGCAACCUGAUAUGUAGAAUUGGGAAGGCUUUCUCAAUUUUCACAGAAGCGUACAUGCAGCAACACAUGAGAAACUACGACUCCUCGGUAGCAGAUAUUCAUAGGUUUGUGUUCUAACUAAAGUAUGCAAACAAUUCCCUUCUUUAGAAUUGUUUUCUAUUCGCCGGUAAAGAUACAGUGAUGGGAUUUGGGUAGUUA